AUGCACCAACAUCGCGAAAAUGGACACGAAACCCACGUCAAUGAAAGGACAGCCCUCCUCUCACCACAGUCCGAAACACCCAACGGCGAGUCCAGGCCAGUUGCCAACUUGAAUACGCACCGCACUCGCUGCUCAUGGCCGUGGAUCUACGUCGUGCUCCUCUGCAUCGCCCUCGCCGUCGUCUCGGACGUCGGCGAAUCUCUCUACUCUGCGCCAAGAGUGCGGCUCUUUGAGUCCGUUGCCUGUACCCGCCACUAUCUGCGGCACGAUCCGUCGUUAGUGGAUCGUGAUGGGUUCGUCCCUGAGCGCCUCUGUAAGAUCGACCCAGUGCAGGACAAGGUCGCUUCGGUUGUGGGCUGGCAGUACUUUUUCGAUGCUAUUCCCGCAAUUCUGCUUCCAAUCCCUUAUGGUUAUGUGGCAGACUUGCGUGGACGGAAAUGGAUCCUGGUAUUAGCCUUGGGUGGGUAUACUUUGUCCUGGGCGUUGACGCUAUUCUUUGUCGGGGUACUGCAUUUACCUUUGAACGCAGUCUGGCUAUCAUCACUCUUCUUCAUUAUCGGUGGUGGCCCAACGACGGGCACAACCUUACUCACCACUGUGGUUGCUGAUGUAGUGCCAGCAGAGGUCAGGAGUACCGUGUUCUUUUAUCGCUUUUGUACCGACCUCGUCGCAGAUCUCAUUGUCCCUCCAAUAGCCUCGAUGUUGAUGAACAAGAACACAUGGAUCCCUCUCCUGCUGGCCGUGGCCUUCCAAGGACUUAGUGUCAUAUUAGCACUUGGGCUGCCGGAAACGCUGCCAGUGGUUGACUCCAAGAGGGCCGGCGAGGACACCAAUGACAUAUCUUCCGACUACACAAUCAGUGGACAAGCAGAGAUACCAUCCAAGAGUGACGGCAAAUGGGGAAGUUGGCUUACUCGAAACAAAGACUCGUUCGAUUUCGUCAUAAAAGACAGAGCCCUAUCCGCCCUUGUCUUCACUUUCCUCAUCUCCAAGGUCGGGCGUCAAGCUGCUAAUAUGCUCUUCCAAUAUGUAUCGAAGCGAUAUGGAUGGACUUUGGCCCAGGCAGGAUUUCUCAUCUCACUACGGGCAGGUGUAAACAUUGCGCUGUUCACAGUCAUACUCCCUCUCAUUGCUACGUACGCACUCUCAAGCUGGAGUGCAACCUCUCGAGACCUUUGGAUCGGCAAAACAAGCAUCAUCCUCUUGAUUCUAGGCAGUUUGAUCAUAUUCUUGUCAGAGACCUCAGUAGGCAUGAUAAUUGGGCUCGUGGUAUCUACCUUGGGCUCAGGCUUCGCGCCAACCAUGCGCAGUCUAGCAACCAGCCUUGUAGAGUCUCGGCACCCCAACGCGACAAGCGACAUCGGGCGGCUCUAUGCGCUCAUCUCGGUCGCAGAAGGAAUAGGAAGCUUGGUGGCAGGCCCCGGGAUGGCUUUGGCGUUCCGUAUGGGCAUGAGUUGGGGCCAAGCCUGGCUCGGACUGCCCUUUGGGUUUGCUGCUUUUCUCUUCGCUCUGGUCUCGACAAUUGUAUUCAGCGUCAAGAUUUAA